AUGAUCAAAAAAACAAACGAUAUACGAGAAGACUUUUUAACGUUCAUAGAAACCGUUUCGUGUACAGGUGAAACAAUAGCUAAUGUUAUUCUUGAUUAUUUAACAGCGCAUAAUUUACCAUUUGAUAAUUGUAUAGGUCAAGCAUAUGAUGGAGGUUCAAAUAUGGCCGAUAUUUAUCGAGGUUGUCAGCGAUUAAUUAAACAAAAAUGUCCAGAUGCAGAAUAUUAUCAUUGUUCUAAUCAUUGUCUCAAUUUGGCGCUGAUGAAUAGUUGUAGUAUUUCACAAAUUCGUAAUAUGAUGGGAACAAUCAAGGAAAUAAUUAAUUUUUUUACAGAUUCAUCAAAACGAUUGCAUGCUCUUCGGUCUGAAAUUACGGACUAUCAAGGAAAAUACAUUUGUUUAACAAAUAAAAGCCGUUUGCUUAGUUUAUGUGAUACUCGAUGGAUUGAUGGAAAUACAUCAAUUGAAACAUUUUUAGAAUUAUAUAUUCCAAUUGUUAAUACAUUAGACAAAUUUAGAUAUGGAACGUUGAAAGAUUCAACAGUCGAACAAUUAUAUCAUGCCGUAAACAAUUUUCAACAUAUUAUCUCAACUUGUAUUUCAUGGUUUUUAUUAUCGGAUAUUAUUCCUAUUAGUCGUUUACUACAAACAGAAACAUUGAAUUUUUCGUCGGCUAAUCGAUAUAUUGAUGAUUUAUUAGAUACAUUUGAACAACGAAAACAUCAGGCUCAAGAUUAUUUUCGUAAUGUUAUUUAUAGUCAUGCUGAUGAAUUAUGUAAAGAACUGUUGUCACACCAUGCAUACCGCGUCAUUCAACAUUAG